AUGGCUAACGACAACGAUUCACCCGACCUAACCGAUUCAAAUCAGCAACAGGAAGACCCUAACGAAGAAGAAGAAGAAGAAGACCAACAACAACAACCACCACCCAAUGCUGAUGACGAAGAAGAAGAAGACCAACAACAACAACAACAACCCAAUGCUGCCGAUGAAGACGAAGAAGAAGAGCCAAACUCCGACACAGACUCAUCCUCCUCCUACUCAUCCUCAGACUCCGACAACGAACCCGAAUCCGACACGAACUUCCUCAACUACAUCCGCCCAAGCGACCUCCCACCAGACCCAAACACAACCCCAGAGACCAACAUCCGCCGCUUCAACCGCGUCCUCCAAGGCAAACGCGUCCAAAAGCUCCAACAAGAGGAAGACAACAAGUACACUUUCUACGAGGACCUCUUCGACUUCCCCAAGGAUCCCGAGCGCUGGAAGGAAGAGGAUCUCCGCGAGGUUUGGGCCGAUGCUCCUUUGGAGAUGACUAAACCGGGUUGGGACCCGGUUUGGGCUGAUGACGAGGAUUGGGAGGUUGUUAACGAGGAGAUUCAGGAAGGGAGGGAUCCUGGGAUUCAGCCUUUUUAUGUUCCGUAUAGGAAACCGUAUCCUGCGAUUCCGGAUAAUCAUUAUGAUAUUGAUAAUGCUAAGGCUGUUGUUGAGGAGCUUGAUAGGGUUGAGGAGUUUCUUCAGUGGGUUAGCUACAUCUUCCCUGACGGCAGCUCGUAUGAAGGAACAGUAUGGGAUGAUUUGGCUCAAGGCAAAGGUGUUUAUAUUGCUGAAAAUGGGCUUGUGAGGUAUGAGGGUGAAUGGCUUCGGAAUGACAUGGAAGGUCAUGGGGUUGUCGAAGUUGAUAUUCCUGACAUUGAGCCCAUCCCUGGUUCCAAGCUUGAAGCUAAGAUGCGUGCUGAAGGAAGGAUUAUCAAGAGAGAUUAUAUGUCUCCAGAAGACAGGAAGUGGUUGGAAAUGGAUGUCGAGGACAGUGUUGCGCUUACUGAUGGGAAUUACGAAGUUCCUUUCUAUGAAAACGAAGAGUGGAUCACUCAGUUUGGCGAAAAACCGGAGAAAGGUCGGUAUCGCUAUGCUGGUCAAUGGAAGCAUGGUAGGAUGCAUGGGUGUGGUGUCUACGAAGUUAACGAACGCAUCCAAUAUGGUAGAUUCUACUUUGGGGAGCUAUUGGAGGAAGAACAUGGCUGUACCGUAGAUAUCUGUGCGUUACAUUCUGGUUUGGCGGAGGUUGCUGCAGCUAAGGCUCGAAUGUUUGUAAACAAACCCGACGGAAUGGUCAGAGAAGAAAGAGGCCCAUACGGUGAUCCUCAACAUGCUUACUUUUAUGAAGAAGAAGAUGUGUGGAUGGCGCCAGGUUUCAUCAACCAGUUUUACGAAGUACCUGAGUAUUGGGAGACCUACGUAGAAGAGGUGGAUCAAGAAAGAGAAAUGUGGCUGAACUCUUUUUACAAAGCUCCUUUGAGGAUACCAAUGCCCGCUGAGCUUGAACAUUGGUGGCAAAACGUGGAGGUGACACCAGAGUUUGUGUUACUGAACAAAGAACCCGAACCUGAUCCAGAAGAUCCUUCAAAACUUGUCCAAAACGAGGACCCUGUUAUUUUACAUACACCAACAGGUCGGAUAAUCAACUACGUAGAGGAUGAAAAGCAUGGCGUUCGACUAUUCUGGCAGCCUCCUCUAGAGGAAGGAGAAGAAAUGGAUCCUUCAAAAGUAGAGUUUUUGCCACUUGGGUUUGACGAGUUCUAUGGAAAAGAAGUUGCGGUGAGAAAGGAACACCCGGUGAAAAGCUUCGUACUUGGAAUGGAGAAAGCGGUGAAACCGAUGCUUGAUGGGUUAGAGAAAUGGACAGAGGAGAUGAAGAAAGCAAACGAGGAGAGGAAGGAGUUGCUGGAGAAGGAGCUUGAGCUAGUUGAAGCUGAGAUUUGCUUAGAGGAAGCUAUAGAGGAAAUGGAUGAAGUGCUAAAGAAGAAAGAACAAGAAGAGAAGAAGAAAACUGAAAUGGGUUUGGACGAGGACGAAGAGGAUGAGGAUGAAGAUGUGGUGGCUGUCCCGGUUUAUAAAGAAGAGAAAGUUGUUGUCACUCCUAAAGAGAAGAUACAAGAGAAGAAACAAGAAGAUGAACCUAAAGAUGAUGAUGAUGAGGAUGAUUCAGAUGAUGAUGAUGAUGAUGAUGGACCAUCAAGUUUUGGAUCUGUGGACAAACGAAGUAGGACUUCUCCUUUUUCAUCAUCCUCGUUGUCGUCUUUUGCUUCCUGCAGCCUCUUUCCAGCGGUACAAUCAAGACUAGAGAGUUCAUUCCUAGCAUGGAAGCAACACCGAGCAGAACCAUCAAAGCUGAUCCCAGGAAUCAUCAACAAAGGUGAAGAUAACAAUGCAUCAGCUUCGAUCCAUUUCCCACCAAUGUCGUCUAGUAAGAAAGCCACAAUGAAGAUGGGAAAGGUAUCGAAACCACCGGGUUGUAUCCAGAGAAGCUCAAGAUCUCAGUCUCAGUUGUUGUCUCUAUCACGUCUACUACGAUCUUCCAAUGCGUCACAUGAUAGAAGUUCGGGUGAAGAAGAUCAAGGUUGGCUGUGGAAGACACCGGUUGGGGAAAUGGAGGCGGUUUUGUCGCUUCAGGUUCAGACAAAGUGUUCCAAUUUGUUUGCAGAGACUCUUUGA